AAUUGGGGGUGGAAGAUAACAGGGAGCUUUUAUUACACAUUGUUGAACAAGUUGAUGGCAUGCGGGCUGACCAACAGAAGGCCUUUAACACUACUUUGGCAGGCCCAGAAAACGCUUGUGCAAAACUUAACGUCCAAAACUGCCGAAACGAAGCUGAAGAGGAAGCAGUUACUGAAACAGUUAUACAAAAUGCUUCUAAGAAAGGUGUAUUCAGAACAAUUCAAAGUAUUAUGCAAAAAUGCAUGGAUCGACUUACCAAAUUUGGUACCGUUAUUUCGGCUAAAAAGGGAUGUUUUGAAUUUUCAAUGAAGUUCAACACAUUUGAAAGUUGUUUGAAAUUCAUUGAAGAUGUUAUAAGUGGAAAACUUGAAAAGCUGUUCGAACCACUAGAAGAUAUUUUUCGGAAGAAAUUUGGAAAUGACCGUCUUCAACUACAGUUCAUCAUGACUGAUGAUCAGUUCUAUGACUUACUAUCAGGACUGCUUCUUAUGCUACAAAUGGCAUGGGUUUACUUCACUACCAAUCAACAACAUGUACGUUCCGAGACACCACACUCAAACAAACAACAGAAGCCGACAGUUCACAUGCUUUCUUCUUCCAAUGUACAAAGCCGAGCAAAAGGAUUGUCUUCAGUUGGAAGUAAUUCUAAGAAGCUGAUAGUUGCUGCUAUCGACAUUGGAACCUCUUAUUCGGGAUAUGCGUAUUCCUCUAUUGAUGACUUUACGUUUAACCCUUUGAAGAUCACCACUUCAACGGGUCAAUUUAUGUACAAGGCGCCAACAAAAAUAUUGUUAACACCGGACCAGGCGUUUUACGCGUUUGGAUUUGAAGCAGAAAAUAAAUAUGUCUCACUAGCGGAAGAAGAACAACACAAAGACUGGUUUUACUUUGAGGACAUUAAGAUGCAGUUGAACGAGAAACUUCCGGCUGGCAUAAGGGCGAGCGAUCUGAAAUUAGGAAUUGAAGCUGAGGCUGGAAGUAUUUAUUGCAAAACACUCGCAGUGCAAGGGACGGAUAAAAAAGCAAUAGACUUAUGUAAAUCAGGGUGUCGAUUUGUUGUUCUAGACAUCGGAGGUGGUACCGUGGAUGUUACAGCCUACGAAGUAAAUACUAACGGAACACUUGGUGAAAUUCACAGUGCUGGCGGUGGAGGUUGGGGAGGAAAUAUGGUCAAUGAGGGAUAUAUUGAAAUGCUGUAUCGUAUUUUCGGAAAAGAAAUUGUCGAAAGUUAUCAAAAUGACAACAAGGGAGACUUUCUUGAAAUGCAAGCCGAUUUUGAAAAAAAGAAGCGAGCCCUGAACGAAACAUGUACAAGGGUGUAUCUCAGGCUUCCCUUUUCGUUUAUAAAUGUUGUGGAAGAACACACAAGCAGCACUGUGUCUUUGUUGAUAGUUAAGGCAGGAUUUGCAGAUGACAUAGGCUUUAAACGUGAAAAGCUUUCAAUAAGUGGAAUGAUGUUUUUAGAUUUUUUCAAACCAUCAACGGAAAAGAUUACCAGUUACCUACAGAACCUUCUGGACAGCGCAGAUGUUCAUAAUUCGGUUGACAAGCUUAUUCUAGUUGGAGGGUUCUCACAAUCACCAGUGGUACGCAAUGCUAUUCAGGAAGCGUUCCCACAUAUUCCAAUGUAUUGCCCUGAAGACGCCGAACUUGCUGUUCUGAAAGGAGCUGUCAUAUUUGGACAUACACCAAGAGUAAUCACAGAAAGGAUAUCGAAACUUAGUUACGGUAUUGCUGUCAUGCAAGAUGCCGUGGUCGGUUGCCCGGAAGAGUUCUUAUACAUUGCUUCCAAUGGAAAGUUUCUCAUGAAAGAUGUAUUUGCUCGAUUUGUUGAAAAGGGUGAACGAGUAAACAUUAAUCAGUGGAUGGUUAAAGAAUUCCAAAUAGUAGAUGACAAGUACCCUCUAACUGUAGUAAUAUAUGCGUCAUCAAAAAAAAGUCACAUUUGUACAUGAAGAAAGUUGUCAGUUAUUAGGCACGUUAUCUGUUGGGCGUGAACAGGGCUGGAAAGAGUAUGACGAUAUUGGAAUAUGGUUUAGUUUUGGAUAUGAAUCUAUUCAAAUCGAAAGCCAUCAUAAAAGAACUGGAAAAAUAACCAGACUAUCUCUUGAUGUUCAAUUUUGAACGUGAUGUUCAAGUAUGUAAUAAACAUACAGCUUCAAACAAUGGAUAUGUGCUGUUCAAAUUAAUUCAAGUUUAAAGCAAGUAUAUUGGGAUGUGGUGUCAAUACAGUUGUAAUCAAAUUGGAGUCAUUUAUAAAAAAGUUACUAGUUCUAUACAGAACCGAAGUGUCAGAUUAAAACUGUUUUGACUAAACACUAUAAUGAGUGUUCAAACACCAUAUGUCGUAAUAUUAAAAUCGUGUUAAUAAAAUAAAUUCAUCCUUAUAGAGUGAAGGAAAUCGAAUUAUAAACCAGAAGAUUGCUUAAAUUUAUUAUAGCGUGUUCCAUGAGUACAUGUAUGUUAUAUAUUAUGUCGGUAUGUUAUACAAAACAUGACGCCAAAACGACCUUACAAGAACACUGCACUACAUAUAAAAAGACAGUUCCCAAAUUUAUUAGAUCGUUAUAGAUAGAUAGAUUUAUUCGUGCAUAUAUAUGUCAUAGUAACAAACCAAAUAUCUCAUAAAGUUAUAACACAGACUGAUUAACAAAGUAUUAGUGAUGAUAUCUAUACUAAAGCACAACAUCAUUAGAAUGCUUUGGAUAUAUAUGGCGUUAAUAAAGAUUUAAUUCAAUGUGACAAAUAUAUAACACAGGAUAACCCAUUAAAGUUAUUCAACUUAUUUCCAAUGGGGUCCUUAUGACAAAUAUAAUUAUUUGCCAAGAUAUCAGUUGUAAGCUGUUUAAAUUAGGUUUUCUUAUACAAAAAUAGCAUAAAUGUACUCUUGACCAGUUAAAGAAUGAUUAAGUUGAAAACUAAAAGGAUACCGGUUUUAUGGAAGAAUGACGCUGAAUGUUAAUGCUUUUACUUAUUCACAUUUUGUUGAUAUCGAUAGUAGAUAAUGUACUCUUUCGUGUGUUUUGUUUGUCAUUUAGCAAUUUAUAUGUAUUGAUAUAAAACAUAGAGGUUUCGGUUUUUUUGAACAUGAAAUUGUCGACUGUGUGAAAAGUGACUUAAUAUCGAUACCGUUUGUCAUUCGAGAGUAAAUGAAAACGAUAAUCCUUUGCCAUCCUAUCUAAAUCCUUGCAUAACUUAUGAAUUAAAAACCGUAUCAAAUGUAUUUAUGUCGUUCUUAUGCAAGCGAGUACAUGUCAACUACGAUAGACGCGAUGUUAGUAAUUAAAGGAAGCCUUACUAAACUAAUAAACUAGUUUUAAAAAAUGUAUCAACCCUGUAUGAAUAUGAAUGUUUGAGGUUUUCUGUUUGUAAGAAUGUUUGUUUGGAAAAAAAU